AUGAAUACACAAGUUACAGAUCGAGAAUUAACAUUAAUUUUACUUGCAUCAAUGCUUACUAUUUUCGUUGUUUUGUUUAUUGUUGGAAAAUGGCUUAAUUUCCAUUUACUUGCUUGUUGUUUCAAUCGGGCGCGAAAUAGAAAACCUUCAACAGCAGUUUCCGUUACAGAACAACCUACUCAGGAACCGAUGGCAUCGUUUAUCGAUCUAAGUACAAUUAAUGAAUCGCUUAAAAAUAAUAAUGACAGCAAUUUAUGGACGCCUGCUGUUGGUUCUAUUUCUUCAUUCGUCACAAAUGACACAACAUAUGAUGAUGCACCCAUGCCUAAUAGUAAUAGUGCAUAUGACAUUGUUUCUUAUGCUAAUAAUAUUAAGUCUACAUUAAAACGCACAAUAUCAUGUGAUUCAGAUAAUGAAUCGAUUGUAACAUCAUCAAAUGAAUUAUCUAUGACGGGAGAAAAUAUUGGAUCGGGAAAAGUUCAAAUAACAUUUAAUUAUAAUGCGUUAGAAGAAUAUUUAGAAGUUUUAUUUAUUCAAGCUCGUGACUUGAAAAUAUCAAAUGCAGAUAAAAAUGAUUUAAAACUAUUUAUCAUUGCAUGUUUAGAUCAUGAUCAAAGACGAAGUCAACAAAGUCAGUUAAUCACUUAUCACAAAAGUCAACCAGUAAUAUUCAAUUCAUCCAUGAAAUGGAAAGUUAUUGAUGAUCAUUUACCAUGUACAGUUUUGCAUACAACUCUCUAUGUUCGACAAGAAAAUAAUACUGAAAUAUUAGUUGGAGAAAGUUCAUUUACCAUUGGAGAAGUUUAUAUUUAUCAACCAUUAACGACUUGGUUAAAUUUACAUGAUAGUGAUGAAGUUGGUUGGUAUCGUGGUGAAAUAAGUAUUUCUCUUUGUUAUCAUCCAACGGCUGAUCGUUUAACUUGUUCAUUGAUUCAAGCACGGAAUUUGACCUUCUAUAAACGAGAAUCUAUCAUCACUGAUAUGAUAUCAACAAAUUGUUAUGCUACAAUCUCAUUACUUCAUCAUAAUCAAGUAAUAAAAAAAACUCGUACAAGUUAUCAUCAUGCAACUGAUAGAAAUCCUGUAUUUAAUGAAACAUCUGUAUUUAAUGUUUCAAGUAAUGAUCUUCUUACUUCGUAUAUACGUAUUGUUGUUUAUGAAAUCAUAUCAUUACCCUCAUCUACAACAACAACAAGAACAUUUGAAAUAGGUCAUUGCCUUAUUGGUAAUCAUGAUCGUACACAACAUACUACUCAUUGGCAACAAAUGUUACGUGUUCUUCGACGUCCUGUCAUUGUUUGGCAUCCAUUAAAACUAUAA